AUGGCCAUCCCUUCACACAAGCUGUUUUUAGUUUUCAUGUCUCUUUUGCUUGUCUUCCUUUUCCUCUCUCCACGCUCUUCUUUUUCCCAUCCAUUACUCUCGACCAGCUGUCUUUCCCAUGAAUCCCAGGCUCUCCUUCGUUUCAAAGAUGCCCUCAAUAUUUCACUGACUUCAUCACGGGUCAAUCUGACUUCGUGGGUGAAUGGAACAGACUGUUGCACCAACUGGACAGGCAUCUCCUGUGACAAUCACACCAACCACGUUGUCUCUCUUAACAUACACCCUCUCUUUGCUGAAGGCGUGAUAUCUGAGAGCCUGUGCCAACUUCGUUUUCUCACAUCACUCACUAUAUCUCUUACAUCAGGUACUGUCAUUCCUCCCUGUUUGAGAAAUCUCUCUUAUAUUCGCUAUUUAGAUUUAUCUGAAAAUAGCUUUACUGGGAUGAUUCCCCCUUUCGUUUGUUCUCUCACCCGUCUUACAUAUCUUGAUCUCUCAUCGAAUAACUUCAAUGGAAGCAUGCCCUCCUGCCUUGGCAAUCUUUCUUCUUUAACUGAACUUUACCUUUUUUUCAACCAGCUUAAUGGAAGCAUACCCGCUUCUCUUGGAAGCCUUUCUUCUUUAACUGAACUUGACCUUUCUUACAACCAGCUUAGUGGAAGCAUACCUGCUUCUCUUGGAAGCCUACCUGCUUCUCUUGGAAGCCUUUCUUCUUUAACUGAACUUCACCUUUCUUACAACCAGCUUAGUGGAAGCAUACCUGUUUCUCUUGGAAGUCUCUCUUUGUUGAGAAACUUAUAUCUUUCUAACAAUGAACUGAGGGGGAACAUUUCAGAAAAUUUCUUUCACAAGCUUACAAGGUUAAGUUCUUUGUCUUUAUCUGAUUGUGUGCUAAAUAUUAGCACAAUCUGGAUUCCAUCCUUUCAAUUACAUGAGUUGUCUUUACUGUCGUGUAGAAUUGAUGGUGAAUUUCCAUCUUGGAUCUCAACACAAUUCUCACUUGAAAGUUUGGAAUUAACUAACGCCAGUCUUGUGGGUGUAAUUCCCUCUUGGCUAUGGGAAACCAGUCCUCAGUUGUAUCAUUUAAAUCUAUCAGGAAAUCAUCUAGAAGGAAGCCUAUCUUCAAAUCUUUCAAUAUGUACACAACUUUUGGAGUUAGAUGUGUCAAGAAAUGGACUGAGUGGAUGCAUCCCAUCAAUAUGGCCUUCCAAUAUUUCAAUAUUGUUGCUUAAUGACAAUUUAUUCAGUGGCAAGAUUCCUUCAAGCCUGGGCAAAUUAUCUCGACUCCAAAUAUUAAAUCUUGCAAACAAUUUCUUUAGUGGCAAUAUUCCUUAUAGCCUGGGCAAAUUAUUUCAACUCCUGUUUUUAAAUCUUGCAAACAACAAAAUAAGUGGAAUGAUCCCUGCAAGCUUGUCCAAUUGCUCUUCUCUCAUUGUCUUAAAUUUGGGAAACAACAGUUUGAAGGGAAGCUUACCAUAUGAAUUUAGUAGACUAAGGCAAUUAAGCUCAUUAGUUGUUCAUGGUAAUAUCUUGAAUGGAUCUUUUCCACCUUCAAUAUCAAAUUGUUCAUUUUUACAAGUUCUUGAUAUCGGGAACAACUUUUUUGGAGGUGAAAUGCCACCAACAAUUGGAAAUUUUUCUUUUCUAAGAGUAUUGGUGAUGAAGAAAAACAAUUUUACAGGGAAUAUUCCUUCAGCCAUAGGCCAACUAAUAUACCUUCAAAUCUUGCUCCUUUCUUCCAAUCAUUUCUCAGGUUUUAUUCCACACACAAUUGUAUCAUUGCAAGCAAUGACAAUAGAAGACCAAUAUGGUAUUGUAUUGUCCACUUUUUCUGGUGAGCAAACAUAUCAGGAUGGAUUGGAUAUGACUUCAAAGGGUAUAGAUGAGCACUACACAUAUAUUCUUUCCACUCUCACAGCCAUAGAUCUAUCAAACAAUGAAUUGGAUGGAGGAAUUCCUUUUGAUUUUGGGAAUUUAAAGGGGUUAAGGUUUGUGAACCUUUCAAUGAACAAUUUGAAUGGGACCAUUCCAAGUAGUUUGGGAGAAAUGGGCCAGCUAGAGUCAUUAGACCUUUCAAGAAAUAAUUUUUUUGGAAAAAUCCCUAUGGAGUUAACAUCUCUUAGCUCUUUAGGUUUCCUAAAUUUAUCAAACAACCACCUUUCAGGAAGUAUACCCCAAGGAACACAGAUGAGUACAUUUGCAGAAUCCUCUUAUUCAGGAAAUCCUAAUUUAUGGGGUUGUCCCCUACCCAAAAAUUGUUCUUGGCCACAAUAUAUUCCUCGUCCUCCUGAAGUUUCAAUUAACAAAGAAAAGGAAAGCACUAAAUAUCCUUUGUAUGGAAUAGCAUUAGGAUUGUCAUAUGGAGUAGCAUUUGGAGGAAUAGUGUCAUUGAUCUUGAUAAAAAUGAGUUGGAGAAGGAAAUAUUUCAAUAAAGUUGAUGCAAUCCUAAAAAUUGUGUUUCCAUGGAUGAAGGACUUGACACUGUAA